UUGUGAUUGUUAGAAUUUAUGGUAAUUUCUAAUUACAAAAUGUGAUUGAUUUGCUUAGCUGAUUUUCCUGUUUCGGUGAAAAUUUUCAGUUGGGUCCCCCAUAAUUCAAUCAGAAUCACCUAAGGAUGGAUGUUGAUAACAAGUUGUUGAAUACGGGCCUGCUCAUAGUGGCCACUCUAGUGGUGGCCAAGCUCAUCUCUGUGCUUAUAAUGCCGCGAUCUAAGAAGCGGCUCCCUCCGGUGGUGAGGACUUGGCCUCUCGUUGGGGGACUUCUCCGAUUCAUAAAAGGUCCGGUUGUGAUGCUCCGUGAAGAGUUUCCCAAGCUUGGUAGUGUGUUCACUGUGAACAUUUUUCACAAGAGGAUAACUUUCCUGAUUGGCCAUGAGGUUUCGGCCCACUUCUUCAAGGCCCCCGAGUCUGAUCUUAGCCAGCAGGAGGUAUACCAGUUCAAUGUGCCGACUUUUGGACCCGGGGUCGUCUUUGACGUCGAUUACUCAGUCCGCCAGGAGCAGUUCCGCUUCUUCACGGAGGCUCUCAGAGUCAAUAAACUCAAGGGUUAUGUGGAUCAGAUGGUUACGGAAGCAGAGGAUUACUUCUCCAAGUGGGGUGACAGCGGCGAGGUGGACCUGAAGGAUGAGCUAGAGCAUCUGAUUAUCCUAACAGCCAGCAGAUGUCUUUUGGGCCGAGAAGUUCGUGACAAGCUCUUUGCUGAUGUUUCUGCCUUGUUCCAUGACCUUGACAAUGGGAUGCUUCCUAUUAGUGUUAUCCUCCCAUACCUUCCCAUCCCAGCUCACCGCCGCCGUGACCAGGCACGCAAGAAGCUAGCAGAAAUCUUUGCAAACAUCAUA